AUGAAUGAUCCUUUACAAUUUCCUAUUGAUGAUUAUUAUUGCACUGAAACAAAUAACUUCAUAAAUAACUCAGUGACAAGAUUGAAUUCACAAAAUAAUUCAUAUGAACCUAAUCAACGAGUCCAAAUUUUAACUAAGUCUAUUGAAGAACAUUUUAAUCCAUCAACAAAUUAUUCUCCAUCAACAACUGUAGAAAAAAUAAUUCAUUUACCUUUAUUAGAAGGAGAAAUAAUUAAAAAUGAACACAAAGGAUUUAUCUUUGAAAAAAUACACACGUCUAUUUAUAUUACUAACCAUAGACUUAUCUUAUAUUUUCAUUCAACAGAAGAAUGUAUGACAUUUCCAUUCUUUUGUUUAUUAAAAAUUAAAAUCACCGAACAUAAUGGAGUUUGUUAUACAUUCUAUUUUAAAGACUGUCAAAUUAUUACAUUAUCAGCAUAUGAGCCAAGUACUCCAUGUACUUCAUUUGUUCAAAUGAUCCGACAAAUGAUUGAGACGUAUUGUCCAAUUGAUUUUGUGAUGAGAGGAGUUGGUGGAAAACAUGGUUGGAGUUCGUAUAAUAUUUAUAAUGAAUUUUCAAGGAUGAGACUAGAGGGAGAAUGGAAGGUAUGUGAAUAUAAUAGUAAGUACGAAAUAUGCAACACAUACCCAACUCAGUUAAUAGUUCCAAUGGAUAUUCAUAAAAGUACAUUAAUGGCAUCUUCUGAAUUUAGAACUAAUGGAAGAAUACCAGUAUUAACUUGGAUUCAUCCACAAACAAGAAAAGUUUUACUUCGAUCCAGUCAACCUAAAACAGGUUUUACAGGAAAAUCAGAUGAAGAUGUUACAUUAUUGUAUAGAGAAGGUGGAGGUAGUUAUAUUCAAAUAUAUGAUUGUAGAGAUUAUUACUCUGCAUUAGGAAAUAAAGCAUUUAAACAAGCUGGGUUUGAAUCAAUAUCAGAAUAUACUUUUUGUUCAAUAGAAUUUCUUAAUAUUCCAAAUAUCCAUCGUGUUAAAGAAGCAUUUAAUGAGUGCUAUGAUAUUUUUUUAACACAAGACGAAACGAUGUCGAUAUUACCUAUAAUAUAUAAAAGUGAAUGGAUAAAAUAUAUACAAAUAUUAUUACAAUCAACACAAACUGUUUCGAAUAUGUUAGAAAACAAAUCAGUUUUAGUUCAUUGCUCUGAUGGAUGGGAUAGAACAAGUCAAAUAUGUAGUUUAGUUGAACUAAUGCUUGAUCCAUUUUAUAGAACCAUUUCAGGAUUUGCUGUAUUGAUUGAAAAAGAUUGGUUAUCUUUUGGUCAUCAAUUUCAAACAAGAAGUGGAAUCACACAUGAUACAACAAAUACAUCUCCAAUUUUUCUUCAAUUUCUUCAUUGUGUUCAUGUAUUAUUAAAACAAAAUCCAUACUCAUUUGAAUUUAAUGAUAAACUUCUUCAAUUUCUUGCUGAUGAAUUAUUUACUUUUAAGUAUGGAACAUUUGCUUUUAACUGUGAAAAAGAUCGUAAAGAAAUUAAAGCAAGUCUUUAUUCUGCUUCAAUUUGGGAUGAUGUUAUAAAUAUGACUGAAUUUAUAAAUGAACACUUUAAACUCUCUUCUAAUCCAUUGACACUAAACACUUCAUUACUUUGUAUUAGUUCUUGGUUAAAUUACUUCAUUAGAUAUUCUCAACCUUUAAUCUCACAGAAAACUCUGUAUUAA